CAAACAAGCUCGUCAAUUAUUAAUAAAGCUCAGCACAGCUUCAGGAAACCGAAUGCAAGCAAGGAAAGAGGCCGGGACUUAGUUCACAGGACAGUCACGCCCAGGAGAAAUGCAUGCAGAGGAUCCUCACUCUAGCCCACGAGUGUAGAUAGCUCAGGAGAACUUCCAGGGAACAGCUGAUCCCACUGGCAGGGAAUCUUCAUUGGCUUUGGGACGCACCACAGCAUGGUCUGGAGUGAAACCAAGUAAGACGAGAGAGGCACGUCCAUUAAUUCAGGAGGAAAUUCUGCCCCAAGAAGUGAUACUAGACAGAGAGAGCAACUCAGAUUCUUCCCCUAUCCCGUCCCUCCCCCACUCCUGCAUGGAGCCUCAUGAAGCUGCAGCAUCAAGCACAGGGCCAGAGAUGGAAGGCGACCUCUCCUGCACCUCCAGGGAGGGACUGCGGAGCUGCGAACCCCCGGAGGGAGGCGUGACGGGACCAGCCUGGGGUUCCACUGCAGACCACAGCAGAGGAGGGAUGACAGGGCAGGAGCAGCAGGGCUGCACUUCUUCUGGACUCACCAGCACUGCCGCUGAGCCCAACUUCCCCGCCCAGGAAGGACAAGAACCCAAGUGCACUUCGGGAGUCACCAACCCAAGCUUUGCUGGGGAUCCUCCACCCUAUUCUCCUCCAGACCCAAAGGCUGCUCACAUGAUGUACCCACCCUUCCCAGCCAUCUCAGGACAAGUGCCCAUCAUGUACCAGCCAGGACUUUUGCAGCAGAAUGUACCUCCUGGCUCCUUCCCAUACUCUAUUUACAACGGGCUGCCCGUCAGCGGGCUUCCAGCACCAGCAGACAGGGGGCGCCCGCCCAAAGAUUACAUGGUCGAGUCGGUGCUGGUGACGAUCUUCUGCUGCUUAUUGACUGGGGUGAUCGCGCUGGUCUAUUCCCACGAGACCCGAGCAGCCCUGAACAGAGGAGACCUGAUCCAAGCCAAGCUAGCGUCCAGAAAAGCCCGGUCCCUGGUUCUCUUCAGCCUGCUCUUUGGAGUGUUCGUGUGCAUCAGCUGGGUCAUCUAUGUGCUGGUGGUGCUUUAUGUAUGACAGAGCCCCCCACAGACAACAGGCUGCAUCACCUUCUCUGCUCACCACCCGUGGGACUUGGGGCAAGCGCCUGGUGGCGGGCGAAGGCAAGUGCCAGGAUACAGCAAAGGGGCAUGGAAGUCCGAGGGUCUGAGCUGCCUUGCUUUCUGCUGGCAGACACUGGCCUGUGCUUGUCCAGCCUGCUGCUGUAUUUCAUUCUCUUCUUCAACUGCACUGACUGACGGUGUGGUCCCAAGCCCAGACACUGCCCCAACGCCAGCACACAAGCCAUCCGCCCGCCUCCUGGUGUCCCCAGGCUGGAAGACAAGGGAGCAUCACACAACUGAGCGCUGUGCUGCUGCAGUAACGGGGCAGCAGUCCACAAGCUGAACAUCCUCGCCACAAGACACUGCACGUCCCAGGGCGCCUCCAGGAUUUACCAGCCUUCAAGGCCUCGUUCACAGUUUGUGGCCUCCAUUCCCAGAACAGCAUCUCGUUGGGAAGACAACUAGCAGUAUCAGCAGGCCUUUCGCCACCAGCCCCCUCUCCCUGCUGAUAGGGGAUCCUUUGAGACUUGUGAUGAACAAUCACCUCCCUCAAAAAAGCAGGGUCACAUGGGUCGGUGAAAACCCGGACUCCUGCAGGAUCAGAGUUAAGGUCUCUGAGCUGGAAUAUAUUCCCCGACGGCGACACCUUUUGGGACUGUGCUUUAGGCACACAAAAUCAGGCGGUUUCCCUCUAAACCAUGGCAAUUAAAUAAGAGGAAAUGCACCUUCCAGAUGCCCUGCAUCUUGCUAGCUCUUCACAUCCAGAAUCUAUGUUCAAAAUAACCCGCUAGGAAAGGAAGUUUCAGGAUUUCAUUCCCUGCCAUUCCACGUGGUCUGGGGAUUGUGGCCCAAGAAAACUUUGAGAAACAUACUCAUCUCUCCCACAUCCCUGCUUCUGGAUUUCAAUUAAAAAAAGGGCUUGUCAAAAGCUCAUGUUUCCAUAUGUAACCAUGUUCACAAAAGAGAUCCCCAGUGCCCUGUCUGAAAAUCAGCCUCUCUCUUAUGAAGAUGUCAUUCCAUAAUCCUUCCCCUUCCCCUCCUGAAACAGCUGCCUCUGGUCAGUCAGAGAUAAGAUCCUGGUUAGAUGGACCUUGGGUCUGAUCCAGCCUGACAUUUUCUGUGUUCGUCAUCCUAAGAAGGGGGCCCGCCAGGCUGAGAUGGGGGCCCUCCCAAAGCUGGGGCUACACAGCCAGUCCCCAGAGCUGUCCAACCUCAUGCCAUGGCCACAUGAAACAUUUAAAUGUUUAAAUAAAAUUCUUGCUUGUGACUUGUAGGAGGCAGGAUAGCUUCAAGGACGUGGGUGGGGCUGUGUGAGGCUCAGGAUAAACAGCUGGCGGUAAGCCAUAGCCUAAACUCAGACUCACCUACGCAGCCGGCUGCCCUGCCAGCUGUAAGGGAGAAAAGCCUAUUUGUUCGUCUAAAGGUUACACCAAUGACCACACGCUCCGCUCCCUAAUGCAGGAGCCAAGUUCUCUCCCUCCCCUAAGGCCGCCUGGAUGUUUACUGCACGUGGCAGGCGCAUGCAGAAGCAGAUGGACUGGCAGUGAGGUCUGUCCCACACACGUCCCCUAAUGAUUUACCACUGUGUCCUCACAGAUGUCGAGAGACUGGAACAAAGCAGAGGGCUGCAUGUUGGGCUGUCUGGUUUGGGGACCACGACUGAGCACAACAGAAAGAAACAGUAUCAGCCACUCAUUUGAUCUGACAGGCCUUAGUGCUUCUGCAAACGUCCUCUUUUUCAGCCGAAUGGCAGACCCUCUCGCACUCCGCACUGUCCCAAAUGCUGCCGUCCUAGGACUUCUGCGGCUACAUUGGCACAGGCCUCGAAGUACAGCCCGAGGGGCGGGAAUGCUGAUGGAAGAAGUGGGUCCAGAUAGUCAACAGCGUUACCGUGACUCUGUCGCUGUACGACAUUAAACACUUAACCACGGUU